GACCCGCCAAUCUUUGCAGAAGAGCACGUGGACAGUACCUUCGGCAAGUACGACAUGUACCGUGAUCAUUCCGCCCUAUCCAUGGAUCAGAAGUAACGCAUCGAGAUGGAGCUGAGCAAAUUUGAGAGAUAGAUUGUGCCGGUUUUCAAGAAGCUUCUACAAGCGCAGGUUGGUCGCGACCGAGGUGAAUGGGAUAACUGCGUCACCUUCGCACAGUCUGAAUACUUCUUACUGAAGAAGUUCAUGAAGUAUCGCAGCGCAGUCUCCUCUAAGCGGUACAAUCAUGAGAGACAGGACGACUACCACGACAAGGGCAAGAGCAAGACGCUUCUAUACAUGCAAGAGAAGGGAUUCGAGCGCCCCAUCGAUAUAUGGUUCGACAACCUCAUGCACAUCAUGGCUCUCAAAGUCUAAGAAGGGAUGGAGUGGUGCAAAGUAAUUGAG